GGAAUGCUUAUGACACCAUUUGUUUUGCAUGCCAAACCAGUUCCACCAAAGGGUGACUCAACUGAUAAAGAUGAUGUAAACGUAGAUGAAAAUCAAAUGGAUGCAAAUGUUGUUAGAUAUUAUAUGACACUUUAUGAUGAUGGAAAAGAUUUCGAGCAAGAUUCCGCAUUGGUCAAUUUUCUUGUAAAAUUAUUGGAAUUUGACCUUUAUGUGUGUGUAGUGACGGCUGCUGGUUAUCCAGGUGAUGCCCAACGUUAUGAACAACGACUAUCAGGUGUACGGAUUUUACAAAAGUUUCUCGGAUCUACUCCUGCCGAAACCUUACAUUUCUUGUCUACGGGAAAUGAUUUUGCUACAAGAUCACAAUGUUGUACGUUGUGGAUUGUUAAUCCUGAAGAAACGCAAAAUGUAUUGAUAGAACUAGUAUCUUCAUUAGAAGAGAAGGAAAAGUCCCAAGAGAACA